AGCAGCGAGGCGGGCUGCCAAGAGUGGGUGUGUGAGAGGCAGCAGGAAAAGGAGGUCAAACGUCCUGCGGGUUGAGUUUGAAAGCGUGUGGUCGUCUCCAGCUCGGGUUCUCAGAUUGUGUCACGGUCAAAGCCGUCAUGUUCCACUCCGUGCCCCGUCGGCCGAUCUGUGAGAUCGGCGUGAGCGCCAUGAGGCUCCGGAGCAGCAGCAGCUCGUUUCGACGGAGCGUCGCGGAGGGCGGAAGGCAGCUGGAGAAGGUGCCGUGGCUGGGCAGGAACGUUGCCCAGCUGCUGUCCUGGCUCCAGAGGGCAGGUGCGGACGAGGCCGUCGCCGCCACCAGGUCAGGCCAGAAGAGGAAGGGCCUGCUCUCCAUAUUCGCGGACCACUGCAGCUUCGUGACCGGGCAGAGGCUCCGACGUGCCUGUCAGAUCGGCGAGCUGUACUCCAACCUGUACUCCGAGCGCACCAGGUGGAGCCUGGUGGGGUCGAUAUGGCGCAGACUUCAGAACAAGAAUGCGCCCACUGGGAGACUCUUCGCCGCCCUGGCCGGUGUCUUCAUGUGGGACAGCGAGAAGAUUCAAGAAGAGGAAAUUCGCAGGUGUGGGCUGGAGAUACUGGAGCUGGAGGAUGCAAAACACUACAAUGCAUCUUUGGGAACUGUGACUGGACAGCAGGAAUCAUGCUGGGAAGUUGUGAUUGAGAAGACAGACUUUAGAGUGUGGAAGCGGCCCAUUCCUAACAGUCACCUCUUUGAAUACAGAGUGUUCGGCUCCUACAACGAUGUCACACCGAGACAGUUCUUCAAUGUACAGUUGGAUACAGAGUACAGGAAGAAGUGGGAUUCUCUGGUUAUCAAGCUUGAAGUGGUGGACAGAGACCUCAGCACAGGCUCUGAAAUUGUGCACUGGGCAACACAGUUUCCUUAUCCCAUGUACUCAAGGGACUAUGUCUACGUACGCCGCUAUGACGUUGAUGUUGACAACAACCUGAUGAUCUUAGUGUCCAGAGCUGUGCAGCAUCCCAGAGUCCCAGAGACUCAGGACUUUGUGCGAGUCCAUUCAUACCAGUCAAAGAUGGUCAUCCGUCCUCACAAGUCAUUUGAUGAGAAUGGCUUUGAUUACCUGCUGACCUACAGCGACGACCCCCAGACCGUCUUCCCCCGUUACUGUGUGAGCUGGAUGGUGUCAAGUGGUAUGCCAGAUUUCCUACAGAAGCUGCACACUGCUGCCUUGAAGGCCAGAAACUUGGAGGUUGGGAUCCAGGACUACGUAGGUGUCAUUAAAUCCGGCGACACCAACCGCCAGCCGAGCCAGGAGCGCCACGGUGGAGAAAACGCACGCCCUGGUCAGAUCUACGCCUGAGAUGGAUAGUUUGUAGAUCAAGGGGGUGUGUGGGUGGUGAAGCCAAAUCAAACCCUCCAACAACAACUACUUUGGUACAUGGUGUAAACUGUGAAACUCAAAUGGAAGUCGCAACCAACAGUGAAAGUACACUGGAAGUCCAUCCAUAGACAUGGUUGUAGAUGAGUUGUCACAGUCCUUUGGCGCAAAUGUUGCCAUGGAAAUUGUCAACCAGACUGCUGCCCUUGGCCAACCAAUGCUACGGGACAUUUUUGCCUCCUUUAGUAAUGCUGUGUAUCCUGCUACCAUUGGUAAGGUCGAGCCAAAAUUGCCAAUUGUAGAGAUUCGGUUUGCAAAAGCACUGUUUCUCUCAAUUUAAUGUUCUUGUUCUUGUCUUCCGUUGUUCAACAAGGCUUUACUUUAGGUUGUUCAUACCGGCGGCAGCCACAUCUCUUUAUCAGCCUCUGUGGUGGGAUUUCAGCUAGAUAUCAAGGAAAUGGUUGCACAGUAGUGGACAUACAGUAGAAUGGUUACUACAACCAGCUUCUGGUUGACAUUUUCACAACAACAUAAAACCAUGGCCAAGAUGAAGUCCUGCACUGAGACCUCGAGAGGAUAUCCUUUCUAAAAUGUUUCUGCUUUUCAUGGAUUUAAAGCAGGUGCUUUCCUGUUUGCUUACAGCAUGAGCGUUUUGAUUUUUCACACGACUGGAAAAAACUCUUUAUCCAAAUGAAGGUGUUAUUGGAACGCAUGUCCACGAAGUGAAAAACGUCAACUGUAGUACUCCUGUGGGGUUUGCAUUGUUUUGGUGUCGGCACAGUUGAGGUUUCACUCUAUCCACCUCGCCGUGUCAGCGCAACUGUUCAGAAACUGCCAGUGUUGACAAAACAGCCUUCUGAAGGUAAACCUGUCCUUUAGCAUUGGGGGCAUAGUGUCUUAUUACAACCAAAUAAAUCCUCAGAUGCAAUGGUACUAAUGCACUUCCAACAAGGCAAACCUUCACAGACACACUCUAAUAAACCAGCUCCUCCUUAAAGAAACAUCGAGCACUUGUGCCACAUAAUGAUUCGCUUGCAUUUCACACCAUUUAUUCAGCUCAGAAAAAAUGUGUUAUUUCAGUGUCGACAUCAACAGUCACAUAAAUAUGUUUUUGUUUUCUAUGUGUUACAAUAGGCCUUGAAAAUUCAUAAAACGGUAACCCUUCCACUGAAACUCCCUGUCCUUAUUUAGAGAACAAGCUCUGAAACUUUCUCCUCCUGCAUUGUGUUGUAUUGUUUUUAUGUGUUGGUCCAUCUCAAACUCCAGUAAAUUCUUCCUUCAUUUAGUCCAUUAUCACUCACCGUCGUCUGUUAGCAGGGCGUGUUUUUUUUGAAUGUACAAAAAGCACCACAUGCUGUUGAAAAAAAGGCCUGAUAAAGAACUGGGUUUACAGCAUGACAAUCAAGUGCAAAUAUCUUGAAAUACAUCUGUUUAAUACAUCUUGCAUGUGUCAGCAGCAUGUAGGGUUCCACUUUGAGUCCCACAUAAAGUAUUAAUAUAUCGCCACUGUCAAAACAAUGUUCAAUUCUGUUCUGUAGUGAAGUAUUUUACCGCUGUUCGAUUUUUAUUAAUUUGCAGUUAAUCGUGUGCUUGAUGUGCUCGAACACGUGAGGGAGGAAAUGAAAUGAUUUUGGAUGUUCAAAUUGUGUGUUGUCAAAAAGCUAACUCACUAAUGAGAUCUCACUGACUAUGUUCAGCUUGAGAAUGUAGAAUUUUGAUGAUCUGUCAAACGUCGACACCUGCGUGCCACCUUCAUCAGUCCAAUGUUUUUGUGUGUUUCCUCCUUUCUUUGCUGUUUUUCUUACUCUGUUUGUGGAUUAAUUAAGAAACCGUUUGGAUAAUUAGUUUGUGCUGGAGCACUUGUAACCCUGUGAUUUCAAAAGAUUUACUGAAAUGGAAGUGCUACUAAUCAGAUCAAAUAAACUGACCUUCAUGUGUG